UCUCACUUAUCCACUAAAUCAUCCUUUCUCUCGUAGAUGGAUUGCAUCCAAUUCAAGCAAAGUAUGUCGUAUCCUCUCUCCGUUCUCUUCUCUCUUAUCCACUAAAUCAUCCUUCUCCGUCGCAAAACUCGACGAUGAGUCAUUACCCACAACCAAUUCCACUUCCGGUCACAGAGACUUCUACCAAGAGAUUCUCUCUGGGAUGAAGAAGAUUGGGUUCCGUGAGUUUCUUCACGGGCAUCACUUCCGAGGCUUGGUUUCGGAACUGAGAGAUGUUCAUGUCGAAGAGAUCAUGGCUGAAUUGAUGGCUGAAAGCUCAGAUCUUUCGGUUUGGUUUUUCAAAGAGCUGAGAGAUAUUUAUGGGUUUCGUCAUUCCAGUUUUUCUACAUUGUUGGUUUCACAUAUUUUUGCUGGUCAGAGACGUUUCAAAGAGCUUCAAAUGGUUCUGGAACAACUGCUCCAAGAGCAAGGUUGUGGUUCAGCUUCUUUGAUUUGUAAAGUUCUCUCUAGUCGCUUCAGAAAGUGAGAAUUACACAGGAGUAGUUUGGGAUAUGUUGUUGUUUACUGCGUCGAGAUCUAAAUUGGUAGAUGAUUCUCUCUAUAUCUUGGAAAAGAUGAAGGAUCUCAACUUGAAAGUGUCAACACAGUCUUACAACUCUGUUUUGUAUAGUUUUAGAGAAACAGAUAAGAUGUGGGACGUGUACAAGGAAAUCAAUGAUAAGAACGAGUACACGUACUCAACAGUUGUAGAUGGUUUGUGUAGGCAACAAAAGCUAGAGGAUGCAGUUUCGUUCCUCCGAACUUCAGAGCGGAAAGAUACUGGUCCCUCUGUAGUUUCUUUUAAUAGUAUAAUGUCAGGUUACUGUAAAUUGGGUUUUGUAGAUAUUGCCAAGUCGUUUCUCUGUACAGUUUUGAAAUGUGGAUUGGUUCCUAGUGUAUAUAGUCACAAUAUACUCAUCAACGGACUCUGUCUAGCUGGUUCUGUCGCAGAAGCUUUAGAAUUGGUUAGUGACAUGAAUACGCAUGGAGUGGAACCUGAUUCCGUGACAUACCAUAUUCUUGCGAAAGGGUUUCAUCUUCUUGGUAUGAUCAGUGGUGGGGUUUUGGAGGUUAUUCAAGAUAUGCUGGAUAAAGGUUUGAGUCCUGAUGUUAUUACAUACACAAUAUUACUAUGUGGGCAAUGUAAAUUAGGACAUAUUGAUAUGGCUUUAAUUUUGCUGAAGAAUAUGUUGUCGAGGGGAUUCGAGUUUUGCAGUAUCAUCCCCUACAGUGUAAUGCUCAAUGGUUUAUGUAAAGCAGGACGAAUCAGUGAAGCUUUGUCCUUAUUCUAUGAUAUGGAAGCCAAUGGUCUGAGACCUGAUCUCGUGGCAUAUUCUAUUGUGAUUCACGGCCUCUGCAGGUUAGGAGAAUUUGAUAUGGCUGUUUGGCUUUACGACGAGAUGUGUACCGCCGAAAUUCUUCCGAAUUCUAGGACACAUGGUGCUAUAUUGCUUGGUUUAUGUCAGAAAGGCAUGUUGCUUGAGGCAAAAGCGCUUCUGGAUUCUUUGAUUUCAAAUAGUAACACACUGGAUAUUAUUCUGUACAAUAUCGUCAUUGACGGGUAUGCAAAGUCUGGUUGCAUCAAGGAGGCAUUACAGUUGUUCGAGGUAGUGAUUGAGAGUGGGAUAACUCCUAGCGUUGCAACUUUCAAUUCUUUGAUUUACGGGUAUUGCAAAAUCCGGAAUAUAGCUGAGGCUAGAAGAAUCUUAGAUGUCAUCAAGUUAUAUGGAUUGGUUCCAAGCGCUGUGAGUUAUACUACACUGAUGGAUGCAUACGCUAACUGUGGAGAUACUGAAAGCAUAGAUGAAUUGCGCUCGGAGAUGAAAACAGUAGGAAUCGCAGCAACCAAUGUCACAUACUCAGUGAUUAUUAAAGGACUUUGCAGCGGCUGGAAAAUCGAAAAAUGCAACCAGGUACUCAGUGACAGGAAACUCGCAAAAUGCUACCAGGUGCUCGGAGACAUGGAAUCUGAAGGUAUAACUCCAGAUCAGAUCACUUACAAUAUAAUUAUUCAGUAUCUAUGCAGAGUUAAACAUUCAACGGAAGCAUUUGAGUUCUUGAAAAAAAUGUAUUCUUGGAAUCUUGUUCCUACGCCUGCUACUUAUAAUAUUCUAAUCGACAGCCUUUGUGUCUACGGUAACAUAAAGAAAGCUGACAGGUUUUUCUAUUCACUCCAGAAGCAGGGUGUUAGUCUGUCCAAAUUUGCUUAUACCACACUGAUCAAGGCACAUUGUGUAAAGGGUGACCCUGAAAUGGCAGUGAGUCUAUUUCAUCAGCUGCUGGACAGAGGAUUCGAUGUUUCCAUCAGGGAUUACAGUGCGGUGAUCAAUCGUUUGUGUAGGAGACAUUUAGCAAAUGAGAGCAAACUCUUCUUCCGUUUAAUGUUAUCCCAGGGUAUUUCGCCUGACUUGGACAUUUGCCAAAUGAUGAUCAGUUCAUCAGAUGAAUUGCUGUCCUGGACCAUCAAAUCGGGUUUGUUGCCUGAUCAAUAAGCAGUCAAUGUUUGUCUGUUGUCCCAUCUUAUCUGCUAACUGCAGAAGGCACACUUUCAGUAGAGAAACUGUUACAUGAGUGUUCCAGUUAACAGAAUAGUCUCGGCUAUUGGAUAGUAUCAUCAGGCAACAGUGUUACCACAUUAACUUCCUUGAAGGAUUGCGGUUCUUCUGGAAGGUAAAAUCAUCCCCAGAUUUGCUUGAAACGGGCGGGGAGUCGAAAUGGUCGGGUCAGUGACAACAACCUCAAUUAUAACCUGAUUGGUAGCGAAUAAGAGUAUUUGAUGGAAGUGGACAAAAGGGUUACUUCAGUUCUGUGAGGGUAUAGGGAGUCGGAGCCCACUCAACUACAAACCAAGACGGGUGAAAAUACAUAAUCUAGUUUUGUAACCAAAAAAGCUUUUUCCAUUUUUCGACCAGAUAUAGCUAAGAAUCUUACUGUGAGUCUGUCACUUGAAUGUUUUGAUGGUCUUGCUCAUUUAAGAGCAUAUAUCUUGUCUGUCUGAAAAACAUUAAUUUGUUUGUACCAAGAUCAACACACAUAACUUUUAGUGAAGGAACUACAUUCGUUCAUUA